AUGGACGACCUGGCUCUGCUCGACCUGCUGGAGUGCCCGGUGUGCUUCGAAAAGCUCGACGCCACGGCCAAGGUGCUGCCGUGCCAGCACACGUUCUGCAAGCCCUGUCUGCAGAGGAUCCUCAAGUCCCAGAAGGAGCUCCGGUGCCCCGAGUGCAGGACGCUCGUCCUCUGCGGCAUCGAGCAGCUGCCGGCCAACCUGCUGCUCAUCCGCCUGCUGGAUGGUGUCAGGUACGGGCAGAAUGCGCCCCGCUUUGGCUCCAUGCAGCGCUCAGGGCUCCUGUCCUCCCCCGCCUGCAUCCGCAGGGCCCCGCGGGGUCUGCAGCUCGCCCAGCACCGGCCGCCCACCGCCCCCAGGAGCCUCACGGAUGGGGUGCCGCGAGCCAAAGCGCUGUUCUCGUACCGGGGCCACAACCCCGGCGAGCUGCGCUUCAACAAGGGGGACGUCAUCGUGCUGCUGCGGCAACUGGACCAGAACUGGUACCUGGGGGAGCUGAACGGCGUCAGCGGGGUCUUCCCAGCCAGCUCCGUGCAGGUCAUCAAACAGCUGCCGCUGCCACCGCCUCUCUGCAGGGCUCUUUACAACUUCGACCUGAGGAGCAGGGAUAGGAGUGAGAACAACGACUGCCUGUCAUUCCACAAGGGAGACAUCAUCACCGUCAUCAGCAGAGUCGAUGGCAACUGGGCCGAGGGCAAGCUGGGCGACAAAGUGGGCAUCUUCCCCGUGCUGUUUGUGGAGCCAAACACGACAGCACGGCAGCUCCUGCAAAGCAGCAAAGGCUCCUGGCCCACCCCGCUCCGCUGCGCACCGCUGAGCGUGGCCUCCCCGAAGGCGCAGGGCCGGGAGCUGCACAAAGCACCCGAUGCGCGGCGCAAGAGCCUGCGGCCCUUCUCCAUCACCACGGCCCUCAACACGCUGAACCGCAUGGUGCACGCCCCUGCCGACCGCCCCGCGCUGCGCAUCAGCUCCCCGGUGCUCAUCAGCUCCAGCAACCCCAGCGUGGCCGCUGCCGGCAGUGAGGAUGCGGCCCAUGGGACCCCUGCCCAGGUCAGCGCAUCCUACUAUCCUGCUCCAGGAUCACUGAGGCACUCAGCAGCCAUCGUCACUCUGCCCCACCUGCAGCAUCACCUCUCAGCCAACAUGAAGCCGAGCGUGCCCGACUCGAAGUUGCCCGCGCUGUACGCCUCGUGGACGCUGUCGGCCUCGUCGGUGUCCUCCCAGGGCAGCGCCUCCGAGAGCGCGCAGCGCCAGAGCCGAGCGCUGAAGGCAGCGCUGCCCCUGGGGCACACGGCGCUGCGGCGCGGCCGCGGCUGCACCAGGAAGAAUGGGUCCCUGCAGAGGCCAGGGCAGGCAGGGCUGCAGGCUGCCAGCUCCCUCCGCCGCGUUCCCACGGCCGGGCUGCAGCCGUACCCACAUGCUGGCAGCUCACCGCACAGCAGCCCCGCUGCCGGCACAGCCGAGAUGGGCGCGAGGCCCAACUUCUCCCACGAAGCCCUGCCAGCACUCGUGGUCAGAGGAGGGGAAAGCAGGACUCCAUCUGUCUGCAGUUCGGUGAUCCUGGACACCACGGAGCCUCUGGCAAAGAGUGAGUCGGUGCCCCGGCCACCCGCAUCGGCCCCGCCAUCCAUCCUGGUGAAGCCGGACACCUCCCGUAACAGCAGUGACAAGCAGGUGAAGACGGUGCGGUUCCAGAACCACAGCCCGCCGCCCAAGCGGCACGGCCCGCAGCCCUCCCCGCGCCUGCCCCGCAGCAGCACCGAGUCGGCGCUCGCAGCUGAGCCCCCGCCGCCCGACGGGAGCCCCGAGCCGCCCGCUCUGCCCUCCCCGCGCCUGGGCAGCAGCCCCCUGCAUCCCCGCAGAGCGCUGCACCCGCGGGCGGCAUCGCUGGAGCUGUCAGCGCCGCUGACCUUCCCCGUCAGGAAGAGCUACAGCAGCGUCUCCGCCAACUGA